AUGCAGAAUGCUGGACCUCCGAUGAUGCAGAGGUGGCGGUGGUCUGGGCACCCCUCGACGAUGCCCCUCUGGAGCACCUGGUGGCUACUGCAACUGGUGGCGGUGGCCCCCUACGUUCAUGCAGGGGAGUACGUCAGGGAUCUGGAGGUGUCUGAGGGAGCUCCUGUGGGCACCAGGAUCGGGUAUAUCGGGGACGGAGCAUCGCUUGAUUCGGGGCCGCCUUAUUUGAUUAUCCCCGUUAGCAGUGCGGUGGAUACUGACCUCGACAUUGAUCAGACUACGGGGGAAAUCAGGACAAAGGUACCUUUGGACCGCGAAACACGAGCAACCUACUCUUUGGUUGCCAUUCCUAUGAGUGGCGACAAUGUGAAGGUGGUAGUCAAAGUCCUGGAUGAGAACGACAAUGCCCCUACGUUUCCAACCUCCAUCAUGAACAUCGAGUUUCCAGAAAACACACCAAGAGAUGUCAAACGCACUCUUCACCCAGCUAAAGAUUUGGACCUCGACAUCUACAACACACAGAGGUACAAUAUCAUCUCUGGGAACACGAACAAUGCCUUCAGGCUCUCAUCUCAUCGAGAAAGAGAUGGAGUGCUGUACCUGGACCUGCAGAUUAACGGGUUCCUGGACCGCGAGACUACUGCAUUCUACACUUUGGUGAUAGAAGCCUUAGACGGAGGUACCCCACCCCUGAAAGGCGAGAUGACAGUUAACAUCACCAUCCAAGACGUUAAUGACAAUCCUCCAGUCUUCAACCAAACUCGAUAUUUUGCAACUGUCCCAGAGAAUGCUACCAUAGGUACCACCGUGCUGCAAGUGAUAGCUAAAGAUGCAGAUGCGGAUGAAAACGGACAAGUAGGCUAUUCUAUCAACCGAAGACAAAGCGAUAAAGAUUCUAUGUUCCACAUAGACCCAUCUACGGGUUGGAUAUCAGUCAAUAAACCUCUAGAUUUUGAAGCCAAAGAACUACAUGAGCUCGUGAUUGUUGCUAAAGACCAUGGGCUGCAACCACUAGAAACCACCGCUUUCGUGUCCAUACGAGUGACUGAUGUGAAUGAUAACCAACCAACAAUCAACGUGAUAUUUUUGAGCGAAGAUGCUACUCCAAAGAUAAGUGAGUCUGCAAGACCUGGUGAUUUCGUGGCAAGGAUAAGUGUACAUGAUCCAGACUCGAAAACCGACUAUUCGAAUAUAAAUGUUACUCUCAGUGGUGGAGAUGGGAGGUUUGGACUUACCACGAGGGACAAUAUCAUCUAUCUUGUGAUAGUGUCACUGCCUCUUGACAGGGAGAUGAAACCGAACUAUACUUUGAACGUGGAGGCUACAGACACAGGUACCCCUCCUCUACACGCAGCCAGAACCAUACACCUAGAAGUAACUGACAUCAACGACAACGCUCCAGAAUUCGAUCGCCAAGUCUACCAUGCUAACGUUAUGGAAGUUUCCGAUCCAGGCACUUCAGUCCUCCAGGUUCUUGCUACAGACAAGGACGAAGGCAACAACAGCGUCAUCACCUACUCUUUAUCUAGUACACCUGAAACACACUCCGGAUGGUUCCAAAUUGAUCCGCGAAGUGGCUUAGUGACAACACGUGAACAUGUGGAUUGUGAAACGGACCCUGUGCCUCGGUUGACAGUGGUGGCGACUGAUAACGGGUUCCCGCCCUUAUCUUCUUCGGCCACAGUGUUAGUGACUAUACAUGACGUGAAUGAUACAAUGUGACCGUCGCUGAGAACGAGGCUGAAGGAAAAUGCAUUUUAAAGGUAAGGUGCAUGUUACGAGAUUUUUUUCUUAAUUUUGAAUUCAACGAAAUGUCUUAAUAGGUAUUCAAGGGGCACAGGUAAUCC